CUUGUUAAAUUCCCACACCAAUUCCAACAAUCGCCUUCUCCCCUUCCCAACCGCAACAAACCAAACCCAGCCGCAGCUCUCCACGCCUAACCCUACUCCUCCAUCCAAUCUCCCCUGCCCCGCCGCCCUCGAUCCGGCGGGUUCCUCUCUCCCCGGCGCAGCGCCGCCAUGGAUUUGUUGGCGUCUUUGGUUGCCGAGGAGCGGUGGCUGUUCCCCGCGUUCCUCGUGAUGUACGCCGCCAUCUACUGCGUCGGCCAGCUCGUCGUGUUCCGGCGGUGGGCGCCACGGCAGCGGCUGGACGGCGCCAGCUGUCUCAUCUCGCUCUUCCACGGGACCCCCGCCGCGCUCGCGGCGGCCGGGGCUAUCCUCGCGCUGCCCGCGGGGUCCCGCUCCUUCGCCGCGCCCAACGAGCGCCUUCAGGAGCACGUCCUCGACUACAGCGUCGCCUACUUCACCAUGGACCUGCUCCACUACCUCGCCUUUCUGCCCGGAGACGUCCUCUUCAUCGCGCACCACCUCGCCACGCUCUUCGUCUUCCUCACCUGCCGCUACAUCGUCCGCCACGGCGCCUACGCGCUGCUCGUCCUCCUCGUCCUUGCCGAGGUCACCAGUCUGCUGCAGAACGUCUGGACGCUCGCCGGGAUCUGGCGGGACCAGUCCCCUGCUGCCGCUCGUGUCUACGGCGCCCUCUCUCCGCCCUUCUACGUGCUCUACACGCUGGUCAGGGGCGUCGCCGGUCCGCUCUUCCUCCUCAAGAUGACCGUCUUCUACCUGUCCGGCCAGGCUGUCGAUGUCAUCCCGUGGUGGGUGCGGAUCUCUUGGAUUGUUGUUGUUGGCACCGCCAUUGCGGUCAGCAACCUGUGGAUUUGGAACCUCUGGAAGGAGCUAUUCAGGGAACGGAACCAAGCUAUUUCAAAAGCAAAGAAAGACACAUAGGUCAGGUCGCUCUAACCAUGUACUGGUGUACCAACCAUGUAGCAGCUGAAUCAUUCCAAACUGCCCCGACAAUCGACAUGGAUGAUGAGGACCAUGAUUUUGAUUAGAUGGUAAAUGCUGAUCUUGGAUGACAUUGGUGGAGAAUGCUUAUCUGUAAGAUACAUCUCUUCAUUCGUUCAUAGAAAAAUCAGAUCAGGGAACUAGUUUAGGGUGCAUUGCGUGGAAAAUUAUUUGGAAUGGUGUGAUAUCUCUAGUGUGUGGUCAAAAUGUAAUUGUACUGCUUGAUAAAUAAUGAAAAAUGGGUACACUGUUGUUUGUUGCCA